GUUGGAGUUGUCUAGCAAUGCUGUCUUGCACCAGAUGAGACGAGACCAAGUUACAGAGAUGUGUCGGGCAAAUAGUGUUGCCACCAGAAAACGCCGUGUGCUGACACCUAAUGACCUUAAACACUUGGUGGUGGAUGAAGACCACGAGAUGAUCUACUGUUAUGUGCCAAAAGUGGCAUGUACAAAUUGGAAGAGGGUAAUGAUGGUCCUGACUGGGAGAGGUAAAUACAGUGAUCCUAUGGAAAUACCAGCCAACGUGGCCCAUGUGUCAUCCAAUCUGAAGACCCUCAACCAGUAUAGCAUCCCAGAGAUUAAUCACCGCUUGAAAACUUACAUGAAGUUUCUCUUUGUCCGCGAGCCUUUUGAGAGAUUAGUCUCAGCCUACAGAAAUAAGUUUACACAGAAGUACAACACUUCUUUCCAUAAGCGUUACGGCACUAAAAUAGUAAGACGGCAAAGGAAAAAUGCCACACAGGAGGCACUCCAUAAUGGUAACGAUGUUAAAUUUGAGGAGUUUGUUGCCUACCUUAUUGACCCACAUACACAAAAAGAAGAGCCUUUCAACGAGCAUUGGCAAACAGUCUUUUCUCUAUGCCAUCCAUGCCACAUCCAUUAUGAUCUUAUUGGCAAAUACGAAACAUUAGAAGAAGAUUCAAAUUUUAUCCUACAACUGGCAGGGGUUAGCAACUACUUGAAAUUUCCCACCUUUGCGAAGUCUACCAGAACUACUGACGAAAUGACAGCAGAGUUUUUCCAGAACAUCAGCAUGGAGCACCAAAUACAACUGUACGAAGUCUACAAACUUGACUAUCUAAUGUUCAACUACUCCAUGCCAGCCUACCUAAAAACAGAAUGAGAAACAUCCCUGUUUCUGUGAAAGGUUUUGUUAUUACAAGAAUAGAGGGUUAUUUUGUAAAUUGAAGGAGGGAUUGGGGGGGGGGAUCAUUUAUUUUGUGCUGCAAGCAGUACAAGGAUCGUUAUUUAAAUUGCUUCACAAAGAAGGACAGAUUUCUUAAGGUUAAGAGUAAUUUAAGCUUAUCUGAAAAGACACAACUAUUAAUUUUACACUGUUCUCAAUUUCCACAGCGCCUUCACUCUCUAUGUAAAUUGUCUAUAAAUUAUUUAUAGUUAUUUAAAUUACAACUGUUGAUAAGAUUAAUUAAGUCUGUCUGUAGAUAUAUAUAUAUACAUACAUGAUAUACAGAUAUGUUUGUGUAUAUACAUAUAUAUGUGUGUGUGUAUAUAUAUAUAUAUAUGUAUGUGUGUGUGUGUAUAUAUGUACAUAUUUAAAAAGCCAAAUAUUAACCCCAUAAGAAGCAAAGAUGGUCUGUGCCCUUAAAACAAGCUGGUCUUAAUCGACUCAGUUCUUAAAAGGAAUGUUCCAUUGUUGUUCCAUGGUUAUUAGCAAGUCUCUAUAGAUCUGUCUAAUAAUUAGACAGUGCAAUCCAUAUUGACAUAGGGUCAGGACUAGACUGUGAUGAUGGCAUGGAUUUCAUUUGUAAUUAAAGGGUUAAGUUCAUAUUCAUGUUUCAUUUUAUUGAUUUAUUUUGUGUAGAAAGCGUCAUUGUCAGACUUACAGAUACUUGAAGUGUUGCAACCUUAAUUUUUUUAAACGGGAAACUAUAGCUAAAGACACGUUUCUCACCUAUGAAAGAAUGAAAGAUAACUAUGUAACUUUUGCAAAUAUAUAAAAUUAUAUAUAAAACUUUCAUUAAAGGAACACUAUAGGGUCAGGAACACAAACAUGUAUUUCUGACUCUAUAGUGUUAAAAACACCAUCUAACCCCAUUUGGCCCCUACUUCCCCCCUAAAUAUAGCAAAAUCUUUCCUUUAUUCCAGUCUGCAGCUGCUGGCUCUGCCCCUGAUCUGCUUGUUUGGCUGACAUCAUAGGAAAUCCAUAGGAAAGAAUUGACUUGGCUGAGUUUGUCAAGGAGGCAGAUCAGGGGCAGAGCCAGUACAAGUCAAACACAGCUCAGGCCAAUCAGUAUCUCCUCAUAAACAUGUAUUGAAUCAAUGCAUUUCUAUGAGGAAAACUCAGUGUCUCCAUGCAGAGGGUGGAGACAUUGAAUGGCAGUGCUGCUCACUAUGUAGCAAUGCCUCACGAAGCACCUCUAGCAGCCACACGAGGUGUAGCCAGUGGAGGUAUCCCUUGGCUUUAAUGUAAACUCUGAAAAUACAGUGUUUACUGCAAAAAUCCUGAAGGGAAUGAUUCUACUCAGCAGAACAAAUACAAUAAGCUGUAGUUGUUUUUGUAACUAUAGUGUCCCUUUAAGCGUUCAAGAUACUGUAUAUUACAUUACAGCUUUGCAUCAGGCUGCGGUGGGAAGAGCUUUUUUGUGUGUUCUUCAUUUUCUUUAGUCAUCUACUCUAUCUGUAAGUGUAAAAGAAAACCUUUUAGCCCUGCCGAAAUAUAGACAGACACUAUGAGUUGAAAAAUGAAAUUCUAUCGUGGAGUUUGAUCAUCUGUUAUUUGCAUAUAUGUAUGUAUAUAUUUGUGAAAGCUACAACAAAAAGUAUUAACUUGUUUAACCGUAAGGGUAUAUUCACUAAAUAGUAAGUUGUCGCAAGUUAAGAAUUAGCUCGCCACAUAUUUUAGACAAAAAAAUAAACUGAAAUCCAUCAAUUUGGAAAAUAUAUCCAUCCAAGAUGAAUUGGGGAUCAUUAAAGUUUAUUCUGUAAAGUUUAACGUAUGAGUAAAUUCAAAGUGAAUUUCAAAUUUUUAGGGCAAAAUGGAAAAAUUGUCCAAAUCAGCUGUGUUUUCAGUCUAGCUACGUUAGUCUAAAAUUUUAAAUCCUCUUUGAAUUCCCAACAAUUCACACCUUAGUGAAUAGCUAUGUAACGUGUUAUAGCUUGAACUUCUCAACAGUUGUAAAUUUCCUGUUAAGUGAAUACGCCCCAAAGUUUUAUUAGAAUGACUAAAGCCACAGGAGUGAACUUUUAUACAGAAGAAAAAAAAAUAUAUAAAUAUAUAUAUUUUGUUUUACUUAAUAAAGGAGGUAUAUCAUAAUACAUGAAAUGCUCUAAUAAUGAAAGAAAUCCAAAUAUAUCAAUGUAAAUACAUCCACCUUGUUAAUUACUAUGAAAUGACUUCCUCUUCCACAUGGCGCAACAUGUAGCUGUUCUAAUCUUUAUUUUUUAAAUCUGUGUUUAUUUUAAUGAUCAUGAAAAACUUCACUAGAUACUCACUGCUGUAUUGCAUGACAAUUUGGAAGAGCAGUUAAGUCCAGGCAUUUUUUUUUUUAAUUUUUUUUACUUUUUUUCCAAAGCUGAAGCAAAAAGAAAAUGAAAUACAUUUAUGUAUUUGUUGAUACCAUUUUUAUUUAAAAAAAAAAAAACUAAAUUAUAUUUUAAUACAAAAUUAAAUAAUUGUAAAUGUUGCUUUUGAUUCUGCUACAAAAAAUAACUUUUUAAUUUAUAGUAUUUUUUUUUUAAUUAUUAUUCUGUACAACUGUUUUAAGGGUUCCAUGAAUCUGUAAUGUGUUUUAAACUGUUUGCAUUUCACUUGUACGUGGCCUCAAGGGAGUGGAAAGUGUGAGAGAGACAAAAAGAACUGAGAUGAAUGUUUGCUGCAAAUUGCCGACCUCCUGUUCUUGACAUGCCUUAUGUUUACGGCAAUCGUAUCUCACUUUUUACUGGUCCACUUAUGGAAAAGGUAUAAUUCAUUACUUUUGUAGGUGUGUCUAAUUAAAAGUGUGGUAUGGUAAACGUUUAUAGAAUACAUAUUGCUUUUCCAAUUCCUGUUUUGUUUUCAUGCUGUCAUCUUUAAAUUUUAUGGAAUUCGGGUCUAGAUAUAAUCAGAUAACUUCGGAAGUUCUGUAUCUGCAACACUCACCCAUAGAUGGAUUUUACAAAGAGAAUGUAUCAACGCAUAUCGCUCACACUCUUCUUUAAUAGCCUCGGAAAAUGUUAAUCUCCUCAGCUUCCAUACAAAGACAAAGCCUAUAACUCUAUCAUGUCAGGCUCAAUGUAAUUUCUCCUGCUGGUCAGCCAUCAACCAUUAACGCUCAAUUUUAUUACUUUUAUUGUGUCUUGAAUGUGAUUCAUGUUUGUAUGUCAUCAGUUAGGAACAUUGUUGUGAUGUGUAUAAUACUGAUC